CAGCCCGCCCGCCGGCCCCAGCACCAUGACUUCCAGCAAGAUCGAGCUUCCCGGCGGGGUGAAGGCCGACCCGGCCGCCCUGAUGGCUUCCCUGCAGCUGCUGCCCUCGCCCGCCCUCAGCCUGGAGCUGAAGCACACCAAGAUUUUUAUCAAUAACGAGUGGCAAAAUUCUGAGAGUGGGGAAGUCUUUCCUGUGUACAACCCAGCGACUGGAGAACAGAUCUGUGAGGUUCAGGAGGCUGGCAAGCCGGAUACGGACAAAGCGGUGCAGGCUGCCCGCCUGGCCUUCUCCCUGGGCUCGGUGUGGAGAAGGAUGGAUGCUUCGGAGAGAGGUCGCCUCCUGGACCGGCUGGCAGAUCUGGUGGAGAGAGACAGAACACUCCUAGCCACCAUGGAGUCUCUCAACAGCGGCAAGCCCUUCCUUCAGGCUUUCUACGUGGACCUCCAGGGCGUCAUCAAGACCCUGCGGUAUUAUGCUGGAUGGGCGGACAAGAUCCAUGGGACCACCAUUCCUGUGGAUGGGGACUAUUUCACCUUCACCAGACAUGAGCCAGUUGGGGUUUGUGGACAGAUCAUCCCGUGGAACUUUCCCCUCCUGAUGUUUGCGUGGAAGAUCGCCCCAGCCCUCUGCUGCGGCAACACCGUGGUCAUCAAGCCGGCUGAGCAGACCCCACUCACGGCCCUCUACAUGGGGGCUCUCAUCAAGGAGGCUGGGUUUCCGCCAGGAGUGGUCAACAUUUUGCCAGGAUUUGGGCCAACCGCGGGCGCAGCCAUCGCUUCUCACCCGGGGAUCGAUAAGAUUGCCUUCACAGGGUCCACUGAGGUGGGGAAGCUGAUCCAGGAAGCAGCAGGAAGGAGUAACUUGAAGAGGGUGACGCUGGAGCUGGGGGGGAAGAGCCCCAACAUUAUUUUUGCAGAUGCAGAUUUGGACUACGCCGUGGAACAGGCCCACCAAGGGGUCUUCUUCAACCAAGGGCAGUGCUGCACAGCUGGUUCGCGGAUCUACGUGGAGGAGUCCAUCUACGAGGAGUUCGUCCGGAGGAGCGUUGAACGGGCCAAGAGGAGAGCUGUGGGGAGCCCUUUCGACCCAGCUACGGAACAGGGACCACAGAUCGACAAGAAGCAGUACAACAAGAUCCUGGAGCUGAUCCAAAGCGGGAUCACCGAGGGGGCCCGGUUGGAGUGUGGCGGCAAAGGCCUGGGCCGGAAGGGCUUCUUCAUCGAGCCCACCGUCUUCUCCAACGUGACCGACGACAUGCGCAUUGCCAAGGAAGAGAUCUUUGGGCCUGUCCAAGAAAUCCUGCGGUUCAAGACCAUGGAGGAAGUGAUCGAGCGGGCCAACAACUCCGACUUUGGGCUGGUGGCCGCCGUCUUCACCAAUGACCUCAACAAGGCCCUGACUGUCUCUGCGGCCAUGCAAGCGGGGACCGUCUGGAUCAACUGCUACAAUGCUUUAAACGCCCAGAGUCCUUUCGGAGGGUUCAAAAUGUCUGGGAACGGGAGAGAAAUGGGCGAGUGCGGAUUGCGGGAAUAUUCGGAGGUGAAGACGGUGACGAUAAAGAUCCCUCAGAAGAACUCGUAAGAAGACAGGCGAGGAGUCCCAGGGGGCCCCGCGAGCGACCCUCCUUGGGGUUCCAUGGGGACGUGCACUCAGGAAUUGUAAAGAGAAUUUUUUGUAGACCCUCGAAUUGCAACCUGGCUCAGAAUUCAAGAGUACUCUGGGUUCCCUGCAGUCCAG